CAGUACAAGGUGUGUCACUGUGUCCGGCCUGUUAGGAUCCACUGGUCUCAGACAUGGCUCGUCUGGUCCUGCAUGUCUUCAUCGUUCUCUGCUUCUCCAUGCUCCACCUCAGCUCCAGCCGUCCGUCCCGCACCAGGAAGGCUGUUUCACCCCGAGAGGAAGAUGAUGUGAAGUCCCAGCUUGAGAAGUUGUGGCAGGAGGUGAACUCAUUGAAAGAGAUGCAGGCAUUACAGACAGUCUGUCUCCGUGGAAUCAAAGCACACAGAAAGUGUUAUCUGACAAUCGAGGAGCCCAGACAUUACCAUGAAGCAAAUGAAGACUGCAUUGCACAAGGAGGAACUCUUGCAACACCUCGGGACAUGAUGGAAAACAAUGACCUGAGGGACUAUGCAAAGAGGAGUGCUCCUGGAUCCAAGGACUUCUGGAUUGGUGUGGCUGACAUAGUGAAAGAGGGCCAGUAUGUUGAUGUCAACAGCUUGCCAGUCAGCUACUUCAACUGGGACCGCUCCAAGAAGCAGCCCACAGGAACCAAGAGGGAGAGCUGUGUGGCUCUGUCAGUGGCUGCACAUGGAAAGUGGUAUGAUGAGGUGUGUCGCAGCCUCAAAAAUUACAUCUGUGAAUAUGUCAUUCCCUAAAGCAGACAGCGGAUAAUUUAUGAGAGUCAUGGAUUAAAACAGUUUAAAAAGUGUUGGCUGAUCUGAGUUAAAUCACAAUGGAAGCAUGAUUUAUUAUUGGCUAUAUAUUGUUAAAUUUACUAAAAUGUGUCCCUGUUGUAUUUAAUUUGGGUUUCAAUUGAUUGGAAUGCAAAUUAGUAACUGUAAUCAUUAAGAAGAUGACGAUGCAUUGAAAAAAUACUACAUUUAAUAUAUGUUUGGUAAAUACACUUCAGCUGUUAAGGUUUGUGAAUAACACUGUUCACUAAUGGACCUCGGUUACUUAACCCAGUACACAAUCAUCUAAUAAUUUAAGCAAAUAUAUGUUCAUUCAACCUUUAUUAAAAAUCUUGUAAAAUCA